CAAGCCCGUUUGCUCUGAACGCCUCUUAUUCUGUACACCGUAAAUCAUAUUCAAUAUCACAUCGUAUUACGCACGACGACGACCAGUGAAAAUGUUUUUGAAUGAAUAAAUUAACUUAAUUAACACAAACUCUUUCAAAGUGGGAAGUUUUUACGAAGUCUCAUGAACUUUUGCGUUAUUGAAAUAAUGAACUGAACCGAAAUUAAUUCCUCGUGUUUUUAGCGACAAACUUUGAAGAACUUUAAAGUUAUCGUCUGUUUCAAAAGGCUUACAAUACUUGAGUAGUUUGCCAUUUUGGAAGUUGGACUUAUUUUGUGUGGAUUUCUAAGUUAUACUUAAGUGUGCGUCAAAUUCAAGAAUACAAUAGUAGGAUUUGAAUGUUUUGAUAUUUGGUACUGUGAAGGGGCGUUGACGCAAUAAUGAGAUUGUGUGUGUGGCGAACUACUCGCGUUCAAAGUGUUUGAAGUGAGUUAAGUGAAAGAGAGUGGUGCUAUAUGAGACGACGGCGGUAUCGCAUGUCAGGUGGCAUGGAGAUGAUGCUCCCCACUGGGAGCCGCAUUUUCGUGGCGUUUAUCGCUACUGCCUUUUGGGGAAUGGGUGUUCGAGGCCUCCAUAAUCUGGAGAUCAACGUGCCAAGUGCAGUGCUGGUCGGAGAGACAGUGACACUGGAAUGCACCUGGCAGCUCGAAGACGAAGAAGCCCUUUACAGUGUCAAAUGGUACCGAGGGAGGGAAGAGUUCUACCGAUAUAUACCCAAAGAACUACCACAUACAAGAGUUUUUCCACUGCCAGGAAUUGAAGUGGAUAUAUCUCGGUCAGGCGCCCGACGCGUGGUGCUGCAGGAGGCGACGCCGGCGAUGGCGGGUCGGUUUCGCUGCGAGGUCUCCGCCGAUGCACCAACCUUCCACACCGAGAUCCGAUCCGCACCUUUAGAAGUUGUCGAGCCUCCAGAAUGGGCUCCAAAGCUCGUGUCAGACCGAGCUUGGUACGGCGUGGGUUCCACUCUCCGUGCCACAUGUGCAUCGCCCCCCGCACAGCCACCAGUCAAUCUCACAUUCGCACUUAACGGUCAUGAGAUCGACAUGGAAUCGUUCGUGCACGAAAUACCGGCCUGGUUCAAAUGGGACCCGCCCCCGAAAAGUGAAACGACGACUACCGAGCAGCCCGAAGACGAUAUCAAUUUCAACAUAUUCCACGACGAAAGUAACAUUCAAUAUUUGGACGAGUCUUAUAUAAACCUUCACAAAGAGGAAAUCAGGCGGCCUCCCAAGGAGGAUAUGAAGCCAGUAUUCGAGAGGUCGGGGCCCGAUAAUAGGCUGCCGUCGGUAGGCGAAGUUUUAUUUGUCGUCCGGCAUGAGGCAUUCGAGCGAGGCAGCUUGAGGCUGACCUGCAUAGCAAGUAUAUACAACUUGUAUGCGGCACGCGCUGAGCUAAUUUUCGAUAUGGAACAGCCAGAAGUUGCUUCAGUGUUGGGCGUCCGUAACAGUGCCAUAGGUUCGUCUACAGUUUGGUGGUUUUCAACUCUAAUACCAGUAAUUUUAUAUACAGUGCGGUAGUUUUUUAUAGGUUGCUUUAAAAUGUUGUUUAAGGUGAACUAGUGUGAGAGUCUCAUUGUACAAACUCAUGUAACAUAUCUGUAUGUGUUUAUUUGUCAAUGCGUUAUUGCCAAACUCAAGGGUAAACAUACUCUGUAUGUAAAAAAAAAAGUUAGUAAGUAUAGCGUUAUUAUCAAAAUCGUACUAAUUUUGAUAACUUCAUAGAACACGAUUUUUUUUUCGGAAUGACGGCUUACGGACACUUCCCAUAGUUUGUUUCCGCCUAAUAUGGAAGGUGGCACUUAACAAACCUGUAAAUAAUUUAGAAUUAGGACAGGUUGGCCAAAAUAAAGAUAAUAAAAUAAAAGUGUGAAUGACAAAUGGAACUAACUAACUAAUAAAUAAUAUUUAAUAAUUAGUAGAGAAUACAUAAGAAAUGUGUGGUGUAUAAUAAAGUAUGUGUGGGUUUACCUUUUCAUAAAAUAAUAGAGAAUAUUCAAAUAUAGUUAUUAUUCCGAUCUAUCAUCUUCCUUGAUUUCUUUAAGCGAGAGCUAUAUUAAUAUAGAUUACCUAUUUUAGAAUUAAUGUAACCUUAUCAAAGACUGAUUAUUACUUAUUUAUAUAUAUUUAAAAAAAUGUUUAACAAAUCUUUAAUUUAUCCUUUAUACUAGUACCUAUGUAUGCAGUUAGGGUAUAUUUUAGCAUAAUUGUUUCAAUAGAGAAUGAAAAAUUAUUCUUUACAAUAAAUAAGACUAUUAAUAAAAAAUAUAAGUAUAUUAUUUGCUACUGAUUAUUCUAUUGUGUUAUUAAGAAAAAUGCAUAGCUAUGGAAUUAAAGUUAAUAACAAAAUAGUUCGAUAACAAAAACAUUGGACCCCCCAAAAAUGUAUGGUUUCAAUAAAAUCUUCAUAGACUCAAAAAAUACCGUAUGAAAUUCUGUAGACCAGUUCUACACAAUAAUAUCCGUGUAGAACAUAAUGUUUGUCACGUAACAGAUUUCCGUAAAAUAUUGAAUUUCAAAGUUAUAUGAGCUCAAAGAUUAUUCUAAAUCUUGGGACCUACUUAUAAAAUUUCAUUGAGUAUGAUUGAUAUUCAAAAAAGUAUCAAACGCUUGAAUAGAGCACCCUCCGAAUACACUCCUCUUAAGAAUUUAAAAGUCACGUAAACUAUUUGAAAAAGGGAAGGGUAUAUCUUUGAUCUCUAUCACGCGUGCUAUUUCCCUAUAUUUCCCAAAAGCGUGGUUGACGUGCAUAAAAGGGGAAUGUAGGCUAAACAUUGUCUACACAUGUCACGUAUGGCGGUAGCAGUUUGUGCAAACUUUGAGCGUUUCUUUCAACUUCAUAUGCACUAUGCUACUUGUUCCGACUCCCAGGUACUUCUAGUUUGGAGAACAUUACGUGUUGAAGAGACUCGACGAGUUGUCUUGAAUUUGUAGUUUGUGCAUUCCCAUUUUAAGAUAGAUGCACCUCAGCUUUUGUGUAACAAAAUUGUUUGUUUGGUUAUUUUUAUUUUACACAAAAACCAAAUCGAUUUACGGCAAAAUAUUAUAAUCAAUCCUAUCUGUGAUUUGUCGAUAAAUUACUUAGAAACGUUGUUACUUGUCAAAAAUUGUAUGGCGUUAUUGAUAUUCAUCAAUAUGUAUCGCUAUCGAUAGAUUAUGGAUACUUUGAUUAUUAUUAAUUUCAGUCGUAAGAUGAAGCUCUGCAUUGCGAUAUGACAGUCAAAUAAUAAUAUUGUUCCAACUGCAAAUGAAAUUGUUUAGAAGCUUAGAUAAAGCAUGGUUUACUUUCGUUUUCUAUAAUCAAUCGAUCCGAAAUCCAUCGCUUAGUUUCUUAGCAACAACAUUUUAGAUAUUUGACGAAAAUUGUACGAACUUUUUGAAAAUAACAACAAUGUUAUUUAUUAAAUCUACGUACGAACGUUAACGCCCUUCUUGUACAAACAUAUUCUAUUUUGCGCAUGGGAUAUAAUUAUUUAUUAUAUAAUGUAUAGAAAUAUAAUAUAUUUUAUUUUUAAAAAUGUGCCCCUCUAAAAUAUUGUCAUAUUUUAACAUGUUAGAAAAACUCUUAAGUUCUUAACAUUCAUAUAUUCCAUUGAAUAUUAUAAUAUUUAUAAUGUUGUAAAUGAAUGAGACAAUUAUUGAAAUCAUAUUUCAUUGUAAAUAAACACUGUAUAGAAUGCAGAGAAACGUAUCGAAGUUACUAAAAAUAGAAUAAAAGUGUUGAGAUA